AUGUUUUAUUGUACACUCGAUUAUUUCUAGCAUCCUCAUUCUUAAGGCAUCUGUCUGUAACUACAAUUUGCGGUGCUAGUUGCUGCAUGUUAGUGAGGGAUAUGGGUAUUGAUGGUACCAGGCCAUUCCUCUUGUUUGUUCUGCUUCUACUUCUCAGAGCAUGCUUCUCCGUUAACGCUGAUGAUACCUUUUCGAAAGGUCAGUCCCUUUCGGCGAUAAAUACCGACAGCAUCUCAUCUAAGAAUGACAGAUUUGAACUCGGAUUCUUCGAACGAAGUACACCUAAAAUAUUCUACCUGGGGAUAUGGUUUAAACGCUUGGUGGGUCAGAGGAUUGUUUGGGUAGCAAAUAGAGAAAACCAUUUGUCUGACCCUUCUAAUUCAAGACUCGAAUUCUCGAAGGAUGGCAAUAUGGUUCUUCUUGAAGCUUCCUCCAAGAAACCAUUUUGGUCCACAAGUUUGCAGAAUCUUCCCUCAAAUUCAACUGAAGCAACACUUUUUGAUGAUGGAAAUCUUGUUUUAAGAGAUAGAUCGGACCUUUCUACUAUAUUUUGGGAGAGUUUCGACCACCCAACUGAUACAGCCCUGCCAGGUGUAAAGCUUGGGAUCGAUAAAGCUGGAAAAGUACCGAAGCAACUUAUUUCAUGGAAAAACUCAGAAGAUCCAUCACCGGGUCUGUUCUCGUACAGGCUAGACCCAAAUGGAAGAAGUGAAUAUAUCUUGGAGUGGAACAGGUCCCAAGUUUAUUGGCGUACUGGAGUUUGGAACGGAAAAACUUUCGGCAAUACUCCUGAGAUGAGGUCGAAUACGAUAUUUCACUACAAUUUCGUGUCAAAUGAAAAUGAAACCUAUCUUAUUUACUCCCUUUAUAAUACUUCCCUCAUGACAUUAUUUUUUAUUAAUUCUACCGGACAGUUCCAACAACUUGCAUGGCUGUCUGUCGUUGAGUCGCCGUUAACUCGAGCUUGGGCUCGACCAGAAUCAUUAUCUGAUGUCUAUGCUUUGUGUGGUCCAUUUGGCAUAUAUCGUGAUAAUACAUCUAAUCCUUGUGACUGUCCAGAAGGUUUUGAACCAUUUUCAGAUAUCGAGACCAGACUAAACGAUUGGUCCGGUGGUUGUUUGAGGAAACAGCCUUUGCAAUGUGAAAAUCGUAAUGCCAAAAAAGAUAGGUUCUUGAAAAUAUCAAGCAUGAAAUUGCCUGUUAACUCAAAAGCAUCUUUGGCAGUGAGUGCUCAGAGAUGUGAAUUAGCUUGCAUCAAUAAUUGUUCUUGCACAGCUUAUGCUCAUAACAGCAGCUGGUGUAUGAUAUGGGAAGGAGCUCUUUUGAACUUGCAGCGAGCCUCGGAUGGUGGUGAGGCUGGACAAGAUAUAUAUCUCAGACUUUCUGCUGAUGAGCCACACAUUAGUACCAAAGGAAACAAAUGGAAACUAUGGGUGAUUGUAGCUGUACCGGUCGCUGGAACAGGGCUGAUCUUAUGCCUCUAUCUUUGUUUCUCAUGCAAGAAAAAGCUCAAAUUCAGAGGAGAGGAGGCAGCUUCAAGCAAUGAUCUAAUGCUAUUUGAUCUUAGUACUGAAACUCAUGCAAUUGUUGAUGCAACAAAAACUAAAGAUAAUGAUAAGAAAAGAGGAAAGAAGGAUGUUGAGUUACCGUUGUUCAGUUAUGAGAGCGUAUCAGCUGCAACUGAUAAUUUCUCAACUGCAAAUAAGCUUGGAGAAGGAGGUUUUGGACCAGUCUACAAGGGGAAGUUACUUAAGGGGCAGGAAAUUGCAGUGAAAAUGCUUUCAAAAAGAUCUGGACAGGGGCUCGAGGAGUUUAGAAAUGAGACAACACUAAUUGCAAAACUUCAACACAGAAAUCUUGUCAAACUCUUGGGUUGCUGUAUUGAAGAAGAUGAGAAAAUACUAAUAUACGAGUACAUGCCCAAUAAAAGUUUGGAUUUCUACCUUUUUGAUCCAACUAAGAAACAAAUGUUGGAUUGGGGGACACGCGCUCACAUUAUUGAAGGGAUUGCUCAAGGACUUCUCUAUCUUCAUCAGUAUUCAAGGUUAAGAAUUAUACAUAGAGAUUUGAAACCCAGUAACAUCCUCUUGGAUAGUGAAAUGAACCCGAAAAUAUCAGAUUUUGGCAUGGCUCGAAUAGUUGGAGAUAAUGAAAUACAAACAAACACAAAUCGGAUUGUUGGAACUCUCGGCUACAUGUCUCCCGAAUAUGCCAUGGUGGGUCUAUAUUCAAUAAAGUCUGAUGUGUUUAGCUUUGGAGUAUUGCUACUGGAGAUUGUGAGUGGGAAGAAGAACACAAGCUUUUAUAACCACGAGUCACUCAAUCUUGUUAGAUAUGCUUGGGAAUUAUGGAGAGACGGUCGAAGUGUGGAGUUGAUGGAUUCAACGAUAGGGUGUUCAUCUUCCACUUCUACCCUGGUGAGAUACAUUAACAUCGGCCUACUUUGCGUUCAAGAAAGUCCAGCCGAUCGACCUGACAUGCGUGAUGUAGUCUCAAUGAUCAGUAAUGAACAUUCACCUCUGCCUACACCCAAGCAGCCAGCUUUUACAGCAAUUAAGUCUGCAGAAAAUUGCUCAAUAAACAGUGCAACUUUUUCGGUACUGGAGGCUCGACAUCAUUAUUCUUCCUUCUUUUAUUUUGCUGCAAUUACUCACUCUCUGCGAGGAAUGGUUACGAAUAUUGCCAAGUCAUGGCAUUUCUUUGUUAUGCUUCUAACCCUUUCCUACUACAAAGCAUGUUUCUCCCUUGUGGGUGAUACACUUUCAGCGGGUCAGUAUCUUAAAGUGAACGACAGGCUGGAAUCUCAAGGUGGGAUAUUUGAACUCGGUUUCGACAGACUACCCUCUUCUUCUUCAAGAAUCUACCUCUGCAUAUGGUAUAAAAACUUUGAUGCAAAAGACAUUGUCUGGGUGGCAAAUAGAGAGAACCCACUGUCUGACCCAUCUUCCUCAGAACUCAAACUCUCGGAAGAUGGCAAUCUGGUCCUGCUCGGAGAUUCCUCCAAGAUACCAUUUUGGUCCACAAAACUGUCUUUUCCACUGUCAAAAUCAACUGAAGCAGUACUUCGCCAUGACGGAAAUCUUGUUUUAAGAGAUAACUCGAGCCUGUCUACUAUAUUUUGGGAGAGUUUCGACCAUCCAACCGAUACUUGGUUGCCAGGCGCAAAGCUUGGUAUCGAUAAGGUUACUGGAUCGAAGCAGAUUAUUUCUUGGAAGAGUUCGGAAGAUCCUGCACCGGGUAUGUUCUCGUUUGGAUUAGACCCAAAUGGAAGGAAUCAAUUUAUCUUACAGUGGAACAGAACCCAAAUAUAUUGGAGAACUGGAGAUUGGACUGGAAAAUCUUUCAGCUUAGCUCCUGAUAUGUGGAUGAAUUAUGUCAUCAACUACACUUUUAGUGAACAAGAACAAUAUUUUAUAUUUUCUGUUAAAAAUACUUCCAGGUUUAGAUUUUACAUUACGCCUUCAGGACAGAUCCAGCAAAUGGCGCGGCUGCCUAGCCCUUGGGCUUGGGCUUUAUUUUGGUCUCAACCGGCAAAUCCAUGUGGUGUCUAUGCUUCGUGUGGUGCAUUUGGCGUGUGUAAUAAAUAUGGGAAUUGUGAAUGUCUAAAAGGCUUUGAACCAUCUUCGAUUGAAGACACCAAUCUGAAAGAUUGGUCAGGAGGUUGUGUGAGGAAAUCGCAUUUGCAAUGUGAGAACAGUAAGCCUGCUAAUGGCAAAAGUGAUUCAUUCCUGGAAAUGUCAAACAUGGGAUUGCCAGUCAAUCCCAAAACGUAUUUGUCAGGGAGUGCUAGGAUAUGUGAAAAGUCUUGCAUAGAAAAAUGCUCUUGCACAGCAUAUGCUUAUAAUAUCAACACGUGUAUGAUAUGGGAAGGAGCUCUUUUGAACAUAAAGCAACUUCCAGAUGGUGAUCCGGUUGGAAAAGUCAUCCAUCUCAGACUUGCUGGCGAUGAGCAUCAAAUUAGAACCAAAGGAAACAAAUGGAGAGUACGAGUAAUUGUAGGUGUUCUGGUCCCUGCAGCAGUGGUUAUCUUAUGUCUCUGUAUUUGUUUUUCAAGGGGAAAGCUCAAACGCAAAGGAGAGCAGGCUUCAAGCAAUGAUAUACGGUUUUUUUAUUUUAAUACGGAAUUUCAUGCAAUGAGUGAUGAACCGAUCACUGAAGAUAAUCUGAAGAGAAGAGGGAAGAAGGAUGCUGAGUUACCACUAUUCAGUUACAAGAGUGUAUUAGCUGCAACCAAUAAUUUCUCCAUUGAGAACAAGCUCGGGGAAGGAGGUUUUGGACCUGUCUACAAGGGAAAGUUAUUCAGAGGGCAAGAAACUGCGGUGAAAAUGCUUUCAAAAAGUUCAGGACAAGGACUUGAGGAGUUCAGGAAUGAGACGAUACUAAUUGCAAAACUCCAGCAUAGAAAUCUUGUCAGAGUCUUGGGUUGCUGUAUCGAGCAAGACGAGAAAAUAUUAAUAUAUGAGUACAUGCCCAAUAAAAGCUUGGAUUUCUACCUUUUUGAUCCGACCAAGAAAAAGAUUUUAAAUUGGGAAACACGCAUACACAUUAUUGAAGGCAUUGCUCAAGGGCUUCUUUAUCUUCAUCAACAUUCAAGAUUACGAGUCAUACAUAGAGAUCUCAAACCCAGUAACAUUCUCUUGGAUAGUGGAAUGAAUCCGAAAAUAUCAGAUUUUGGCAUGGCUCGAAUAGUAGGAGACAAUCAAACACACUCUAACACAAGGAGGAUUGUUGGAACUUAUGGCUAUAUGUCGCCUGAAUAUGCAAUGGAGGGUCUCUACUCGAUAAAGUCUGAUGUGUUUAGCUUUGGGGUAUUGCUACUAGAGAUUGUGAGUGGCAAGAAGAAUACUGGCUUCUAUAACAGCGAGUCACUCAAUCUUCUUAAUUAUGCUUGGGAGUUGUGGACGACCGAUCAGAGUUUGGACUUGAUGGAUUUGAUUAUAGGGUAUCCUCCUUCCAUUUCUAUUCUGUUGAGACUCAUUAACAUCGGGCUUCUUUGUGUCCAAGAAAGUCCGACUGAUCGACCCGCCAUGCACGAUGUAGUCUCAAUGAUCAGCAAUGAACAUGCACCUCUGCCCACACCUAAAAAACCUGCUUUUAUCAGAGGCCGGACUGCAAUGGAUAGAAAUUCUGCAGUCAACAUGAGUGCAGGAGUAAACAACCUUUUAACUAUUUCAAUCAUGGAACCUCGAUGAUUACAAAGUACCAUUUUGUGACCUCCACGAGUGAAAUAUCUCUUCACCAUUU